GGUCACUAAAAAUUGUAUUUUAUAAUAAUCACAGUAAACAAUAAUUUUUGACUGUGAUAACGUCUUGAAUAUAUGAUAAAACCCGGUACUGUAAUCAUUGAGUACUACUGUAAUCGACUGUAUAAGACGGAAUACAAUUUAUAAGUUUUGAGGAUCUAGCUGUUAUAAUUUGGAAAUCAAUAAUGCCGUUUACGAUUAUCACUUAAUCAAAACCUGGCAUAGGUGAAUUAUUAAAAGGUUUUUACUAGUUUCUUAUUUAUAUUUAAAAACAUUGCGAAAAUUAUUAAAUCUUGAAAUGGGAUCUAGACAAAGGCAAUCGGAUCGUUUAAUUGACGAUUUAUCACACGUGGAUUUUGAGAUUAGUUGAAAUACUCUCUAUGUUCGAUAAUAUGCAUCUCCGGGAAGAUCUUGUUCUUGGUAUUUAUUCAUAGGGUAAGUCUCUUUUAACCGUUAAGAAUUGUGUAUAGUACCUUGUCUAUGCAUUAUUUAUAUUGUGUUAUUUUAAUGGGAUUUUUUCAUAGGUUCUGAACGCCUUUCGGCUAUACAACAAAGAGCUAUCAAGGCGAUAAUCAAAGGAUGUCAUAGCUCAAUCUCAGUUUGGUACUGGUAAGACCGCAACAUUUUCAAUUGCUAUGCUGCAUUCAAUUGACACUUAAUUAAGAGAUACUCAAGUUUUAUACUUAUCACCUACCAGAAAACUUGCUGUACAAAUCCAAUAAGUAUUAUUGUAAUUUCUAAUGUAUUUGAUAAGGAAAAAAAAAUACUUACCUUAAAGAGUAUUUGACUACAGCAUUGGGAAGUUCAAUACAAUAUCUAAAAUAUUUAUAAAAACUUAAUCAAAAUUGUCAAAAAUCACAAUUAAUGUUAAUAAUUGUUUAGGUGAUUUUAGUUUUGGGAGAUUAUUUAAAUACUCAGUGUGGUGCUUGUAUCGGAGGUACAAAUCUUGGUGAGGAUCUACAAAAAUUGGACCUCGGUCAAUACAUUAUUUCAGGAACACCUGGCCGAGUGUUCGGUAUGUAAACAAUUAAUUCAGAACUCAAUAUUAAGGCCAGGUACACAUUGAGACGCAGGUGAUGCAGCACAGCUUAGAAAAAACUAUGUGACCUAUGUGAGCGCAUAUUACUAAGCAUUUGUGUGUCACUAUUCACCCAGUCAUAAGAAAAAUGAUAGCAGAAAAUGUAAUAAAUUUAUGUUCUGAAUAAGAUUCUGCCGAUGAAUUUGAUAAACUUCUUUAAUUUUGUCUUAAUAUAGUCAACAUGACUAGCGUCAUAUAAAACACUGUAAUGUUGAAUGGCUUCAAUUACAGACCAUUGCAAAAAUAAAAUAUCAAAUUAAAAUUUUAAAGGUGGAAAUUAUGUUAAGCUGACAUAACUUAAAUGGAAAAUAUUUCAAACACUUGUAACAAGUAUGCAGUAAACUGUUUCGUGGACACUGCAUGACACAGGUCAACACACGCUCUGCCCUGCCUCCAAAUAUGUGCUAGUACAUUUUAAUUAAUAGAUUACAGAAAAUUAUACUGUGUUGUCUCAAUGUGCACCCGGUCUAAUACAUUUUGUUGUAAACUUAAUUCUUUAAUAGACAUGAUUAGAUGUAAAACACUGCGUACAAGAAAUAUUAAAACACUUGUAUUAGAUGUAGCAAAUGAAAUGUUAAACAAAGGAUUUAAGAAACAAAUAUAUGAUGUAUAUAGUUUCUUGCCACCUGCUACCCAGGUAUAAUUGAAUUACUUUUGAAUGUGAAACAAUUUUAAUUUGUUGUAACAUUUUAGGUCUUACUCAUAUCUGCUACUCUGCCCUAUGAAAUACUUAAAAUAGCAAAUAAAUUUAUGACAGAUCCUAUUCGAAUUUUAGUGAAAGGGUUAGUAAAAAAUAUAUAUAUUUCUGGGGGAAAUUCAUGAUAAUGAAUUACAUAUGGUCAUUUUUUUUAAUAAUGAACUCGCAUUGGAGGGUAAUAAGCAGUUUUUUUGCUCCUCAAACAUAAGUAUUUAAAGUAUAUUUUCAAUGAGAAGACCUUUGAUAAGUUUAAUUGGAUUAAAACUUUUAAUGUUAGAAAAUGAUUUUAAUAUAUUGUUUAUUUAUGUAUGUAUUACAGAAGAGUUUUAAUUACUACUGAUAUGGGUCAGAGAUAUUGAUGUACAAGUUUCUUUGGUCAUUAAUUAUGAUCUACCUAACAACUGAGAAUUAUAUAUAAAUAUACAUAAGUAAUUUGUGUUUUAUUUAUUUUAAAUAAAGUAAUUGAACAAAAAUCCUUAUUUUAUGAAAAAUUGAUCAUGUUAUUCAACUUUAUUGUAGGUUUGGUCGAUUUGGAAGAUUUGGAGAAAAGGAAGUGGCAAUCAAUUUUGUAAAAAGUGAUGAUAUUAGAAUACUGCGUUAUAUAGAACAAUAUUAUUCCACACAAAUUGAUGAAAUGCCAAUGAAUAGAAAAUGUAUAAUAUUUUUCUUCUCUUUGAAGAAUAUAUGCAGAGGAUGAAACUAUAAUUAUCAUCUCCAACUGUCAACUAUUCGCUGAGACAUUUUUUGUUUAAAAACUAAUGUCAUUGUUUUUCAAUAUAUGUUGGUGGAAUCAUCUAUUAGGGACAUUUUAUAUUAAAUGUACCCUUCUUUGUGAUUUUUGGAUCAAGAAUAUCUUUUAGAGGAUCUGGGGAGAAGAUAGUGGUUUUAACCCCAUUCAAUUUGGCUUGGUACUCUACACCAGUAGUCUUCAACCUUUAUCGACUCACGACCCACUUUUUUAGACAUGCAUUUUUCGCGACCCAUGUAAGGACAAUCGCACACCUAAAGAAAAACGUUUGUAGAAAAAUCAAAAAAAAUCUAAAAUCACUUAAUACUUUGUAGUAGUACUAUUAGAACUAAAUAAAUAAAAACUAAAUUAUUGAUGAAUUAAAAGAAAAAUACUUUUUAAGGGACACUUAAAUAUGACUAGAAUAAUAACUCGACUAACAUUUAUAAUACUUCCCCUUUAAACACAGUAAUAAUACUGAUAAUGUUCGUAGAUUAUGGGACUCUUUAAUGAUGACAAUAUAAUAAAUUAAUUUUAUUACUAGCCCAGUUCACUCCUAAAUUAUUAUAUUCAAUGUCAUAUCAUGAACCGAUUGAUGUGGUGGAAGAAGAUCUUAAAACCCUUGGAGUUGAAAAUUGGAGAGAGACAGUUCAAGAUAGAAAUAGGUGAAGAAGUGUAGUAAUAACGGUAAAAUCUCUUAGAGAGUAGACAUGUCAACAGAAAAAGAAGAAGAAUGUCAUAUUACGUAGAAACAUACUAGUGUAUGAAACAUUUACUGUGA